AUGGCUCCUAAACAUGCGCUCCUCUCCAGCAGCAGCAGCGGUAGCAGUGGCCCCGGGGUCGAUGGGAUAAAUGUUAAAAAAGACCCCUGCUCUUCCUCUCCGACGGCAUGGAUCCUGGAUGCGCGGAUGGUGGCCGUGUGCACGCCGAAGAACUGGAAGAGGACACGGGCGCUGAAUGGGAUGACGGCCCGAUGGUUUGUGACCAUCGGCACGGUGCUGAUGCUGAUGAUGCAGAGCUCCUUGGCCGCUGACGCUGAGGGAGGUCAUCAUGAGUCAAUGCGGCGGGGUGUUUUGCCUCCGGACCCCGCAGUGCCCUCCAACCUCUCAGCCACCCCCGGGAUUGGAGACAGAGCUGGGGCUGAAGACAAAGAUGGGAUGGAUGGGUCUGACGUCGGUCCUGGAGCUUGGUCCGAGGGCAAAGUGUUCGCCGAGGCCAGAACAGCGGUUUGGACUGAAACAGAGUCGGGAGUGCGUGCUCGAGCAGGUGGCAAAGUCUUUGCAGAGACUGAGAUUAUGAGGGGAACCGGUGCCUGGGCUGAAGUCGGGGCUGAAUGGAGGCCAGUGGACAGGGCGGGGGGUGACCUGCCAAACAUGCCCAGGGACCCAGCUGCCUGGCUGGGGCAGCAGAGGCUGCGUCCGCGUGGAGAGGGCCAAAGAGAGCAGGCAGCUUUUUCAUCAGUCCUCACCAUGCUGGCAGAGACAGCAGAGCUUCAGGCACCAGUGGUGGGAAAACCUAACAGAGACACUAGGACAGCAGGAUCAGACAACGCCUCUCUGGUUGCUGUCAACAGCAGCUCGUCCAACAGCAACAGCAGCUUCAGUCUGGAGGAGUCAGUGAGCAGCCUCCCGGCCUGGGACCUCCCCACUGUCCCCGAGUCCCUCCUGUCCACAGUGGGCGACCAUGAUGUCACACUUCCUGCCAAUGUCACCAGCCCUUUCUCCACCCACCAGUGGAACACCACCGUGCCCGUGCGCACCAGGAACACCUCGCGGUACACAACCACAUCAAGCACCACCAUAAGGACGUCUCCAUCACCCACCGCCGCGUCAACUUUACCGUCAUCCACAACGGCAAGACAACAAACGCCACCGGAACCCACCGCGGGGUCAAACGACACAAGCCAGGACACUGUGACCAGCGACAGCCUUCAGCUGACGACGGUAACCAUGACGACGCCCUCGACGACCACUCUUACUGUGACCGCCGAUGAGGCGACAACGCAGGCGGCGACCACUGUGAGCGCUGUAAGGCCAUUACCACCAAAUAUCACCGCUGCUACGACCACGCAGCAAACGACGAGCCUCAAACUGACCACAGCGGCCAUGACUCGGCCUACUACAACCACAACCACCACACCUGCCCCUACCACCACCACGACUGUACCCCCAACCACCAUCACCACCACUACUACUACUACUACUACUCCUUCUCCCACUACUACUACUACUACUACUACACAUGCUACUACUACUGCUGCCACCACCACCACUACUACUACAACUACAACCUCAACAACAAAGGUACCUGUCACCACUGUGUUCAUCCCGGGACACACCACACCACCUCUAACCACGACCACAGAACCUCCCUCCAGCACCACUGCAGAGGAAAGUCCUCUACCGUGCAACGUGACCGAGAAGUAUUGGGUCAGAACAGUUUUGUCCAUCGAGCUGCGCAGGAACCGCCUGGACCUGAUCCUUAAACAGAAUCUCUCUAAAGGCCUGAGCCACGCCCUGCAGAGAGCCUUGAAUGACUCCACUGCCUACGCGCAGGUGGAACGUGAUGACUGCAGCCCCCACAACGUGACGCUGGGUUACUAUGUGACCAGUGGCAAAACUGUCUACAUUUCCUCCUUGGUGGUUGAGGCGCUGAAUGUUUACGGUUUUGACAAGCUGCUGUCAGACAUUAGGCAGCAUAUCCCAUUGGUUAAGGCAGUUCUGGUUCCCGUGGCAACCUGGAUGCCCACUCCGAGCAUUCACCUGCAGCUGAAAACAGUGUUGAGGUUCGUCGGCCCGACAGACAACGUCUACUCCUGCAGUUUUGUCCAGAUGUUGGAGCAGAGGCUUGAGAACGCCUUUGAUGAAGCUCAGGACAAAGUGCUGGAGACCUACAACAGGCUCACUGUGGAGAUCCAGAGCGUUUCCCAGGAACCGGGCUCUCCGUCGGUCACUCUGGUGUACGUGGUGAAGAAUCAGGACGCGAUUCUUAACGGGACAAUCUCCAGCGGUCUCCUCAACCAGCUGACUGCUGAGCUGGUGGGCUACUUCCUGUUCUACCCACCCCUGGUCAUCGCUGAGCCCCUUGAAUACCAUAAUCUCAACACGUCGAUGGCAACCAAGAACUACUGGGUGAUAACAGUGAUCCAGGAUGUGGACAGUUCCUCCCUGGAGGCCAACUACCAGAGCUUCGCCAGCCUGAUGGAGCAGCGGCUGGCUGAGCUCUUCCUGGUGGCCGGCAGGCAGGGCUCUCGGACGGCACGGUCCCGGCGGGCCACCACUGUAGGGGGCUACACCGUACAGAUGGUGAGCAUGCGUCGACUGCCUGGUCCCAAGAACCCAGCGGAGAUGACCUACUACGCCCAGCUGAACGGAGCACCCAUCACUGGAACCACCGCUGCAAAGACCCUCAGCAGUCUGGACUCCCAGACCAUGGCUCUGACGCUGGGGUACUUCGUACAAGUGCAGGCUGAACCUGUGGUAAAGACGCCGCCCAGCAACCUGUGGAUCAUGGCUGUUUUGACGCCUCUCUUUCUGUUGGUGGUGGUGAUCGGCAUGGUGGCCUUCAUUUUGUGUAAGAGGAACAGGGUCAUCUUCAAAACUGGCGCCUUUAGGACCUUCAAAACUCGCUCCAAGACCUCAUACCGAAGGGAGGGCAGUUACCACCACCAGCCUGUCCAGGGAUUCGACUACGCCAAGAAGCACAUGGGUCGAACGGGUGAUGAGGCCAUCUCUGUUACUAAGGAAACACUGGUGCUGGGGCUGCCCGUGCGAGAUGCUCCGUUGUCAUUGUCUUUGGAUAAGAAGGUCCACCAGGAUGGGACUGCCAGUAAGAGGCCUCCAUCUGCGGACAUACACAAAGGAGGACGGUUGCCAAGUGAGGAGGACGGCUCGGUGUCGAGUAACGGCUCAGGGAAGCUGAACACCAGCAAGAGCUCGUCAGCCCGUAGGACAGCGACCGGCAGCAGUACGAAGAAUGGCAAGGAGGAGCUGCAUAAGAGGAGCGCCAACGACCCGUACGAGGACCAUUCAGGCUCUCUGCGUCUCAUCACCAUUAAACCCAUGACAGCCCAGCCAACCUACUCCUACCCCUCCUCCUCCUCCCACAGCCAAGACUCUGUGGUCCUCAACGGGGAGGCAAACCAUGGUGGGCUGAAGCAGAAGUCGGACAUCGAGCACUACAGGAACAAACUGCGUCAGAAGGCCCGGAGAAAGGGCUACGGAGAGUUCUCGCUGUCUGAGACCGGUAGCCACGGUUACAGUCACCGUGACACCAGGCAUAGUCGGCAUGACAAUGGGGUCAAGGAGCCAAUGACCGCAGAGGAGAAGAGGGCCUCCUUUGCAGGAUGUCAUAAGAGGUACUCCCACCCACGGGAGCCGACCUACUGGAGCAGACAGUCUCUGAGCAGCCCGAGCCCAGUGGAGACGGAGAUGGACCUGCUGGUGCUGAGAGAGAGAUCCAGACGGGGCAUCCGUAACAACGGCUACGACGGUGAACCAGAACCGUUCGAGGAGACCAACGUGGACCGUCUGAUGAGCUCUCUGGGUUACGGAGGUGGAUCCACUGGCACCGGGAACGGCAGCUUGGGGGUGAAAGCUCACCGCGGCUCUGACUCCUCCACACUCAGCUCUCAGCCGUCCAUUGAUGAGGUCCGCACGCAGAUGCAUAUGUUGCUAGGCAACGCCUUCAGUCUGGCACCUCCGGACCACGACCCGCCUUCCCCUCCAACCAACCACCACCAUCACCACCACCAUGCCCACAGCGCUUACAACCCCUCCCACACCAGCCACUACAGUGACGGGGUGACCAGCGCCCCGGGCACCAUGAACCAUCCCUGUGGAGGCAGGCAGAGGAGCGCAGGCUAUGAGGACAUGCACCAGUGCAGUCUGCCCAAACCGGGUUUCCGGUUCACUCAGCUUCCUGAUAUGGGCAUUGGUUCACCCCCGCCACUGAUCCCCUCUAGACCAGGACCGCCACCUGGGACCUCACUACGACGCUCCACCCCUGAUGUUAGUCUGAAGCCUCGUGUGUCAGAGGCCUCAGACCUCCAGGCCCAGCAGCACAACGGCGCCCCCUACCUGCCGCUGUCCAGGACCCCCUUCCCUGCUGUUACUGUCGACCAGUCUAUUACCACCUACUCAGGAAACCCAAUAACAGCAGUCUACGCUAUAUCGUCCAACCGCCCGGGUUACUCAGACUACUUUGUCAUGUCGCCGCCGUCCUCGUACCGUAGCCCGUCCUGGAUGUCCUACCCACCCGAGCCAGAAGACCUGCCGAGGCAGUGGAACGACACGCCGAACUCACGUCACCUUGAAACCAUCUGCUGAAAUCAUCAACCUGUGACACUCGAGUGGAAACUCGGUGUCUCUUUGGGUAGAGGACCUCCUUCUCACAGAAGACCCUCUGGAGCUUUAUCACCACCCCCUCCCUCCAUCACCGGUGGAUCCCCUCUGCCCCCACGUUAUCUCCAGCUGUCCCCUCGCUCCACUGGUCUGGCCUCCAUCUAUCCACUCUCAGCCCAUUUCAUCUGCAGCUCAAAGCAUUUCUCAUCCCUCAGAACUCCUCUGCCCUGUAAGCCCUCUCACCUGGUCAAAGCUCCACUUCAAUGUCCUUACCAAUGCAAAUGCUCAGCCAUAAAUCUCUCUCUCUUUCUGUCUCGCUCUAUUCUUUCUGCUCCCUGAGCCCCCGGGCCUCACCGGCCCUCACCGGCCCCUCUGGGCCCCUAGUCACUAUCUCUAUGUAGACUGCCUCUUCUGUAGUGACCACCACUGUACAGCCAGAGGCCCCCCAUCACGCUGCUGAACUGAACUAAGCGGGAAAUGAGAGCUGCGUGAAGCUGUACUGUGCUUCCCUGCCUAAACAACACACACGCACAUUUGUGUGUGUGUGUGUGUGUGUGUGUGUGUGCGCGCGCGCGCGCGCAGUGCGGGCGAACAGGGUGAGUACAGUACAGCGUGACAUGCAGUGCAGUGUGACGAGUUCUCUGCCCCAGCAAUCAUCGUACAGUAACAGCCAUCUGCCCGGCACACGAUGGCACUUGGCGCUGCGUUAUCAGUACAGUAGUGCCCCGGCCGCGGCCAGUAGUCUACUCCUGUGAACUGGACUGGACUGGACCUUCCUGGACUUGCCCCAUAAGUCC